ACAAGUACUUUAUGGUAUUGUCGUAAGUGCAGGUAACCUUCCCGACAAGAUGUGACCAUGAACUGGUUUUCUUUUACCAAAUUUACACAAACUUAUUAGACUGAUGUAUAUGUUGUUUACAAAAUGACUUCUGUAAUAUCACGAAUUCGUCCAGCGACAUCGUUAUUUUCGAGACACUUGGCACUAAGCAGAUCAGCAGCAGCUGGGAAUUCAGUUUUACAAACCAGUUAUUUCCACACAAGCAACCAGCAACAUGCAAAAAUGAAGACUAUUAUGAAGCAAGCAAAAGAUCCACCAUACUAUAAGCGAAUGAAUGAAAUUGUCUACCCACCUCAAAAAGAAGGAGAACUGAGAAGACCAGCUGAAAUUAACCACUGGCAUAUGAGGAUCAAAUAUAGCCCUGAUAAGAUGUGGUAUAUAGCCUGUUUGCUCUCGUCAAUGAGGAAGAAACUAUUAAGUGAAGAUCUAAUCUGGAAGCAUGACGUACCUGUCAUUUCCUUUGUCCCAGAUGACAAAAUAGUGUUAUAG